AUGUCUUCCGCUACUCGCCAGGUUAUUCCACUCGUCAUCAACAAUGAGGACAUCCAAACUUCCACGACCUUCCCAGUCACGAAUCCGGGAACGGGAGAGAAGCUGUACGAAUGCAGUAGCGCAUCCCUUCAGGAUGUGGACAAGGCCACCACAUCCGCACGGCUUGCAUAUCUAAAAUGGAAGGGCUGGACGGCGUACGAUCGGCAGAAAUUGCUGUUCAAAGCUGCCGACUUGCUGCACUCCCGAAAGGAAGAGCUGCUGGGCUACCAGAUGGAGGAAACCGGCGCGGCACGUUCUUUUGCAGAGAUGGCCUUGUCCGGGACGGUGGACUUCCUCCGCGGCGUUGCUGGACGGGUCACAACGAUCGAAAAUGUGUCUCCGACGGUACUAGACCCGGCUGGCGCAGCCUUAUUGAGAAGGAAUGCACCAUUUCAUCUCGCCAACCGGGCAAUCGCUCUACCUCUGGCAGCCGGAAACUCGGUGAUCCUCAAAGGCUCGGAACUCUCUCCAAAAUGUUUUUGGGCAAUUACGGAUAUUUAUCGCCAAGCUGGUCUGCCCGCAGGCUGCUUGAAUACACUCUUUCAUCGCCGGCAGGAUGCUUCCGUGGUGACAGAGAAGCUCAUUGCAGACCCUGCUGUUGGAAAGAUUACCUUCACGGGGAGCACACACGUUGGCAGCCUCCUGGCUGCUACUGCUGCACGAUAUAUCAAACCCGUUCUACUAGAGUUGGGCGGGAAAGCGCCAGUGAUUAUUCUCGAUGACGCGGACUUGGAAGAUGCGGCUAGGAACUGUGUUUUGGGGGCUUUUAUGAAUUCCGGACAAAUUUGCAUGUCAUCCGAGCGCAUUAUCGUGCAGCGAUCUGUCAUUGAUCGCUUCCGCUCUGUUCUCAAGCGCACCGCAGCGGAGAUGUACGGAACGGAUACGAUCACCCUGGUCGCACCAGAGGCCGUGAAUCGAUGCCACGGCCUUGUUUCUGAUGCACUCGCCAAGGGAGCCACCGCACUUGUCGGCGACGUGAACUCCAUUCAGCCUGCUCUCUCAGCCAUGCCCGUUUUCAUCCUUGAAAAUAUCCCUGAAAGUGCCGACCUGUACGCUACAGAGUCAUUCGGUCCUAUUGCGACGCUCACAGUUGUCGACACGGACGAAGAUGCUAUUACUCUUGCCAAUGAUACGGAAUAUGGGUUGACAGGAGCCGUAUUUACGGGAAACUGGGCCCGUUGGAUGAAUAUUGCACGAUCCAUUGAGUCAGGAGCUGUUCAUAUCAACUCGAUGACGGUACACGAUGAACUGACACUGCCUCAUGGUGGAUGGAAGAAGAGUGGGUAUGGUCGGUUUGGUGGAAGUGACGGAUUCAAUGAGUUCCUGCAGACUCGCACUAUUACUUGGAAGGAAUCCUGGCGUUGA